AUGUCGAAGUGUAAGCGGUGCCUGCAGAACCUAAACGGCCCGGCGUUUGACCUGAAAGCCGUCCAGGAGGCGCAGCACACGUUCCUCGAGGAGGAGUCGGUGUGCAACGCCGCCCAAGCCUACCCGAUGAGCGACAUCACCUCGCUCCUAGCGGUCGGCUCGUGGAAGGACGCCUCUAAUCCGGAACUGCUCAAGGCGCACAACAUCCGCUACGUCCUCAACGUUGCGAAGGAGCUGAUCCCGACGGAGGAGAAGAUGAUUGCGCAGAACAACGACAUUGUGUCCGAGUGGAUCCCGAUGAGCGACUCGCACACACAGGAUGUCUCUGAGCACCUGAUCAAGGCAUUUCGCUUCAUCGAGCGCGCGCGCAGUGAGCACUCUCGUGUGCUCGUACACUGCCGCCGUGGUAUAUCCCGCAGCGCCGCCAUUAUCGUUGCCUACCUCAUGGCGUCCGAGCACCGCAGCUACGAAGAAGCCCUGAAGUUUGUGACGGAGCGGCGGAGCUGCGUUUCGUUGAACUUGGCGUUCCAGGAGCGUCUGUCCGAGUUUGUGCCCAGCAGCGAGUUCUUCCACGGCCCCCCAACACAGCAGCAGCAGCAGCAACCUGAGACUGCAUCUCCCCCCUCCACAUCCUCUUUCAACUCCCUGCUGCCCACGCUUGCUGGCGUCGCAUCGCGCACGGACAGCGGCCACGCCAGCCACUCUACUCAGCCGCAGCCCGUGCAGGAGUCAGACCAACCGCUGCUGCUGCCGCCGGAGUAUCAUAGCGUGACGAACAGCAGCCGCGCCAGAAGCGGCGUGCACACCGCGCUGUCGCAGAGCCUCGGGCCGCUAAAGAUGGGCAAGCAGGCGCGCGUGUCGUGUUCAGCGACCUCCACUUCAACCUCGGCAUCGACGCGAGUCACCUCCGGCAAGUCCGGCAAGUCGACGUCGCUCGAGAAGACGUCCAGGUCGCAUGCCCCACCGAAGCAGCAGCAGAGCCGCCGUGGCAGUGCCUCACCGCCAACGUUUGCUCUUACUAGCACCGCAGCAGGAUCGUCGGCUCGGUUGGCCGCGACAGCUGUCAUCCCGGGCAUCCAGAGCGCCGAGGACGAGGUGAUGACGACGCCUGCGCCGGAAAGCGUCGGCAGCCGCGACGAUGGCGAUGACGAAGUAGAGGAACCCUGUUCACCAAUGGGCGUUCACGGUCGCCGUGCCCUUACGCGGCUCAACUGUGCUCAGGUAAACAGAAGCUCGGCAUCUGCCGGGUCGCGGCUGCAUCUGUCGCGCGCCUAUUCGGGCGAAAAGGAGGUGUUCACCACUACCACGGCGAUGACGACCACCGUCACGACUACGCUGAUGCACAUCAGCAAGUGCGGUCCUGAUGGAAUGCCCGCUGAGGCCAACGAAGUCGGCGACAGCGAGGUGCGGUACAGUAGUAGCAGCGCCAACACGAGUGAAAGCCACUUGCACCUUCACCACAGCCCUCGCGCUCCAGCGCAGCGCGGCAGCGCCUUCGACGUCUCGGACGAUGACGCCGACGACAGCGGCUCCAUCGCCGGCACCAGCACCCCGCUGUCCUUGCAGAAAACCAGUCAGCGGAACCCGCGCGUCCGCAAGGCACUUUCCGCCAACUUCACUGGCGCACCAGUAUCGGUGAAUGAGAGCAACAGCAGCGAGGGCAGGCAGGACUUCGCGGCAGGCGAGUGCAACAGCAGCCCCACCGCUACCGGGGGUGGCAAUGCGAUGGGCACGGCAGUCGCCAUGGACGGGCUUUUGGCCACGCGCUACGGCACUCAGUGCGCAUUCAACGAAGAAGGAGUGGCACCCCAGUCACCGACGACGGCGCACUCAUCCCCUGUCGUGGCCGGGGUCACAUCCCGUGCGUCAAGUCUUAGUGGCUGA